AUGGCACCCGCAAAGCCCAAGCAGCCGGCAUACGUGCUCGGCGUGGGCAUGACGCAGUUCAUCAAGCCCCGCGGCAAGGUAGACUACACGGAGCUGGGCUUCGAGGCCGGCAUCAAGGCCAUGCUGGACGCGCGCAUCAACUACGACGAGGUCGACCAGGGUGUCGCCUGCUACUGCUACGGUGACUCCACCUGCGGCCAGCGCGUCUUUUACCAGUUCGGCAUGACCCAGAUCCCCAUCGUCAACGUCAACAACAACUGCUCCACCGGCUCGACCGGCCUGGCCAUGGCCCGCCAGCUGGUCGGCCACGGCGCCGCCGACUGCGUCCUCGUCAUCGGCUUCGAGAAGAUGAUGCCCGGCAGCCUGCAGACUUUCUUCCAGGACCGCGAGAACCCGACCGGCACCUCGGGCCUCAUGAUGGCCUCCACCCGCGGCUACGAGCCCAAGGUCCCCGGCGCGGCUCAGAUGUUUGGAAACGCCGGUAGGGAGUACAUGGAGAAGUACGGCGCCACGCUCGAGGACUUUGCCGAGAUCGGCCGCGUCAACCACGAGCACUCGGCCCGCAACCCCUACAGCCAGUUCAAGGACCAGUACACCCUCGAGCAGGUCAUGAAGUCGCCCAUGAUCCACACGCCCCUGACCAAGCUACAGUGCUGCCCGACCUCUGACGGCGGCGCCGCGGUCGUCGUGGUCUCGCAGGCCUUCCUCGACGCCCGCCCGGAGCUCAAGCCCAACGCCGUCAAGAUCGCUGGUCAGUGCAUGGCCACCGACGGACCGGAUCUCUUCUCCAAGUCUGCCAUCGACCUGGUCGGGUACGGCAUGGGCGCUUAUGCGGGCCGGAUGGCGUGCGCCGAGGCGGGCGUCUCGCCGCGCGACUGCCAGGUGUGCGAGCUGCACGACUGCUUCUCGGCCAACGAGAUGGUGACGCUCGACGCGCUCGGCUUGGCCGACAAGGGCAAGGCCCACGAGCUGGUCCGCGCCGGCGGCAUCACGUACCCCGGCGGGCCCGGCCGCACCGUCGUCAACCCGUCCGGAGGGCUCAUCUCAAAGGGCCACCCGCUCGGCGCCACGGGGCUGGCGCAGUGCGCCGAGCUCGUCUGGCACCUCCGCGGCUGGGCGUCGAACCGCGCCGUCCCCGGCACCAGGAACGCCCUGCAGCACAACCUCGGCCUGGGCGGCGCCGUCGUCGUCACAGUCUACCAGAGGGCCGACGGCAAGGAGGCGCCCAAGCUGUCAGAGCAGGAGAUCAUCAAGGCCGCCGGCGUCGGGUACAACCCGGCAGUGCAGGCCAAGGGGUUCACGGCUGCGCAGGCAAAGGCCGUAAGGAGCAAGGAGAAGAGCAGCGACUGGGCAUUGCAGGACACGCUGGAGAAGGUGGAGGCAAGGUUUUGA